UUGUCAGCCAUUCUCCCUCCCCCGCCCCCGCCAUCCCCGCCCUCUCCCUGCCGCGGCCAGGCUCGCUGCGCGGGGAUGCCUGUGCCACACUAGCCCGGACCCCGGCUCGGAAGGCUCGUUGUGAAAUCACUUUUCUCUGGGCCCUGGGGUUCAUGCCAGGCAGAGAUCACAGGUCUGGAGCUGGGCUGGCUGGGGGAGUGUAGGGGGAAGGUGCUCCUAAGGGCUGCCACCAAACAUCCCCCCCCCCCCCACCAGCAUAUCAGAUUAACCCUUCCCUCUCUGUGCUAUUUUCCCCGCAGGGCAGACCCCACCCUUUUCCAGCAAUGCAGCGCCCCAACCCGCUCUCUGUCAGGCUCCCCAGGGCAAGGAGAUGCCACACGCAGUCAGUCUGAGCUGAACCCCAAAUUGGAGUGCCCUGGGGAGACAGUCUAGGAACGGGAUCAGCCAUGGAGGGGCUUAAUGGCCUCAAGGCCUGUCCAAAAGGCAUCUCCCAUGCUCUGGCUCAGGGAGGGCAGAGCUGCCCUGCUCCCUGUGUGGCAAAGGAGGGUGCCCCGGGGGAUCCCGAGUGGAGAGGGGAGCUGGUCCAGGGCCCAGGGCUCCCCAUGGAUGUGGGGGGAGAGGGGCUGGCCCUGGAUGGGGCAAAAGCAUCUCCUGAGGAUGGCUCUCCAAAAGGAGUCCAGGCCCCAUCUCCUCAUGGGACCAAGGGGAAUGAAGGUCCCCCAGAAGCCCCCAAGCUCCAGCAUCUUGCCAUGAGUGGGCUUAGUGGUGGCCACGGCCGCUCUGUCUCCAGCUCCUCCACCUGCUCCUCCUUCGAGUCCUCGCAGGAGUCCGAUGAGGUCUUCAGUGAGGAAGAGGAGAAGGGGAAGCCUGGGCGGAGGAAGAUGCUGAGGAAGACCAAGUCAUGGAAGACAUUUUUCACCAUGGUGCACUGGUCCCUGCGGCGUCACAGCUCCUGGGUGCAGCUGGCAGGGCAUGAAGGUAACUUCAAGCCUAGUGAGGGGGGCCAGAUCCUGAAGAAGUUCAGCACCGUGGAGAACACCUGCCUGGAGGCGCUGAUGGGUGACGCACUGCGGCCCUACGUGCCUGCCUACCACGGUGUGGUGGUGAAGGACGGCGAGCACUACAUCCAGAUGGACGAUCUGCUGCGUGGCCUUGACGCACCCAGCAUCAUGGACUGCAAGAUGGGGGUGAGGACGUACCUGGAGGAAGAGCUGACCAAGGCCCUGCUGAAGCCGACCCCACGCAAGGAUAUGUACCAGAAGAUGGUGAAGGUGGAUCCAAGCGCUGCUACGGCCGAGGAGCACAGCCAGAGGGCGGUCACCAAGCCCCGCUACAUGCAAUGGCGCGAGCACAUCAGCUCCACCGCCUCCUUGGGCUUCCGCAUUGAGGGCGUGACAAUAGAGGGGGGAGCUGUGCAGAAGGAUUUCAAACAGACCCGGACCCAGGAGCAGAUCAUCGACACCUUCCUGAUUUUCACCAAGAGACAGGGGAGCAUCUUGAGAGCCUACCAGAGCCGCCUGGAGAGCAUGCGGAGCGCACUGCUCGAAUCAGCCUUCUUCCGCACCCAUGAGGUCAUUGGGAGCUCACUGCUCUUCAUCCAUGACCGCCAGGGCCGGGCCAAUGUGUGGAUGAUCGACUUCGGCAAGACACUGCCGGCACCGCCCCAGCUGGCCCUGCGCCACGAUGUGCCAUGGACCCGCGGCAGCCACGAGGACGGCUACCUGAUCGGCCUGCACCACCUCACCCAAACCCUGCAGGCUGCGCAGCGUAGGCUGGGGCCAGAGGAGAUGCCAGCCCCCAGUGCUCCCUGAGGACCGGGCAGCCACCUCCUCCGUGGAAGCCCCAGAGCUGCUCUCGCCCUGAGCCUUACGUUGUGGGACCCUGUGAGACCUCCUCUGGACGUGACUCACCUGCCUCCUCUCUAGGGCCGUUGUGGGGGAGCUGUGUGGGGCUCCCCAGGACCCCAGUGCAUCUUUGCUGGCAUUGAUGGAGCCUCCCCCGGUGGGGCAGGGCUCAGUGGGUCUUUCCUCCAUAGGACACCCCAGGAGACACCACCACACUCAGGGUGCAGUAUAUCCAUCAGCCCAGCCUCUGAAAUCUGGGACCCGGCUCUCAGGCAGAAGGGUUCCACAGCCCGGAUUCAUGCUACUAACUCCUAACAGUCAGCAUCAGGAGGGGACAGGCAGUGGGGUCAGGGCCCAGAUUGGCCCUGCUUCUACCAAUAGCCACAGCCUGGGGUGACCUUUAGUAGCAAUUGCCAACAAGCACCAGGCAGCGUUGGCCCCGGAUCUGGUUACCCAAAUUGGGGGAGGGAGUCUAAAACCCCCUUGGGCACCUGAAAUGGGAAGGAGAUUCUCUGCUGUGAAAUCAAGAUGACAGCGCCUCGCUGCCCCAGGCAGCCCUGAGGCUACGCCGCCCUGAGCAGCCUUUACUAGCCCCCUCUGCUGAAGCUUGAACUGGAUACAAAACAACAUGUUAUGCAGUGUGCAGAUAAACAGCUCCCAUGCCCCACCCCAGAGGUGGCUCUCUCAGCACCAGGCAAGGGGUCCCCCUUGUACAAACAGUCUGCGUGCCCCACCACAGGUGGCUGCUCCUCAUGCUGGGAGGGGGAGAGGGGAGGUGGACAAACAAAAAGGGGUGGGGUGGAGGUGGAAUUUGGCCAAGAAAAACUGGAACAAUUAAAGCCCCAGCCAGUUAGCUUGGAGGAGCUGGUGCUGCUCCAGUUUCACGGGAUCAGAAAUUAGGGCAGGGUUUAAAUUUAAGCCCCAGCAAGUUCUGUGAUUCUAGAACGGGGGUGGGAGGGAGGGACGCUAGUUUUCCCCAUGUUGCUUCUUCAGGCACAACAGGAGGGGUCACCCCCCCAUGGAGGGGAAUUAAUGAGGUGUCAGUCCAGCCAAGCAGGUGCCGGUCACCUUACCCCAGGGGCUAGAGUUGGCCCCCCCACAGAAAGUGCCGGGAGCCCUUGGGAGCAGGACUGGCACAUCCCCACACCUGAGGUGCUGUGAUGCAGGAUCAUAAUGACCAGGAAAAGAUGGUGGCACAGGGGGGAGGUGGCCCCAUCUGUGGAGGUUACAACCCUCAAGCCCAGCUCGCUGCAUCAUCCCCUUAAUAAAACCUUAGUGUAUCUUAACCCAGCAGCAGCCUUUCAGCCCCUGCUUUCCCCUCCCUGUGUAGAGGCACCUGAGGGCCCUGGCUGAGGGGGAAUGGUGGGGGGACAUUUCAUGAACAGGUGGUAAAUCUGAGCCCAGCUGUUCUGGGGAAGGGGUGUGUGUGCACAUUUGUGCAAGGAGAAGGGGUAGGGUCCAGGGGUUAGCACACAAGGGGGUUGGGAGUCAGGACUCCUGGGUUCUAAUGUUGGCAACAGCUGUGGGCACAGAGUGGGGGGGGGGGAAUACACAAUCACUUUCCCUACCCUCUCGUUUGCACAGGGAUGCUUGUGUGCACACGCGCACACACACCACAAAUUGCACUUCAACAGACUCAACUCCACUUGUCAGCCACCCAGCUCCCUACCGCAGCCACAUAUCUCAAUCUUAUCUCAGCCCCACGUGCUGUCCCUCAGCCACCGAGCUCCACUCCCCUUGCAAGUGUCUAUCACCCCUCACCCCCCAGGACAAACAGCUCCAUGUCUCUCUCACACCCACAGACAUUGAAGGGGUGCACCUGUCUACAUGCACUAGCCCACCACAUGCAGGAUGGGUGCUGGGGGCCCCCUAGCACAGUACAGCAGGAGAGUCAGUGUGGCAGGAUGGGGGUUGGGCCCCUUUGUGUGUGAGGAUUCCCCUGAAGUGCUGCUGUGUGUGUGCGCAUGUGGGGUUCCCCACAGGCAUGUUGUGGUCAGGGCUGGCUAACAUUCCAGAGGGUUCCCCACCCCGUCACCAUGGGUACCAAGGCACAAACAAACCCAGGCCCAGGGCCGUGCCAGCAGUUGCCCCAGGGCAGCUGGGAAGGGGACAGGGAUGGGAAGGGGGAAAGCAGCCAAGGGCUCCCUCCCUGCAGGAGCUGGGGAGCCAGGACUCCUGCACCUCUAUGCCUGAUGGGGGCAGGGGUCUAGUGGUUAGAGCAGCAGAGCCAGGAUUCCUGGCUUCUAGCCCCACUUCUGCUUCCUUAACCAAGUGCUGUUCUCUCCCCCCUCUGCCCUGGGGCUGGCAGGGGGGCCCUGCUCUUGGGGCUGGUGCCUGCCCCUGUUGAUGACAACGCCCCAGAGCUGGCCCCCCGCCCCUCCUCCACCGUUAGAGCUGCAUGGGGGAGGGUGGCAAUCACAGGCUGUGUUGCCAUGGAGACUGUUGAUGCCAAGGUUACAGGUUGGGGAGAGAAAAAAAACCCAGGGAAACCAGCUCAUUCCAGAGCUGUGCACACAGGCACCUGCAGCCAUCAACCUGCCCCUGCAUGGCUGGGACAGGCCAGGGAGACACAGCUCCCCCCGGGCAUGCUCCACCUGCCGUGCCCCCCCACCAUAUCUACCCAAACCAUCUAAGCUUCCACUGCUAAAAACUUGCUCCCUUCAGGCUCAAGCCUGCUUUUCCCAGCCCAGGGGCCCUUUUCCUCAGGCUGCCUCCUGGCUUAAAGGUCCCUGCCUGGAAAGGGAAGUUGCUUCCACUGAGACAAAGACCACAGAGAAAGGAGCACAAGGAUUUCUGGGACUAGAAAGGACCCUAACUGGGCAUCUUGUCUGGGCUCCUGGCUAAUGCCAACCAGAGACCCUAUCCACCCUCCCCCUACUCCCUGGAGUAUCUGGGCCCCUUGCCAUCUUUCCAGGAUUUAUCCUCAGCCCUCCAGCAGUGCUGGUGAGCACUAUAGGCAGAGAGGGGCAGGCACUUCCCAAGCUCCUAUGCCAGAGUAGGGGGUUCACCCCAGGGUGCUCACCUCCCAGCCCCAAGUAUGUUAUCAACCAUGAUGCAGUUACCCCUUCACAGUCUCUUUCCUAAACCAACCAUGACACAGGGCUGACCCCUCCCACCCUUGAUUUAUUGAACAGGACACUCAGUACAUCCAGGGCCGGCUUUAGGACGGGCAGGGCCCAAUUCGAAAGAGCUACUGCUGAAAUGUGUCCGAAGACAGCGGCAGCGAUUGAGCUGCUGCCGCAGAUAGCGGCAGCAAUUCGGUGGCAGCUCAAUUGGUUGUUGCGGUUUCAGGCAGCACUUCGGCGGAGGGUCCUUCCUCGGCAGCAGUUGUCUUCUGGGGCUUUACCUUGUGGGGCCCUCUUAGGCGCAGAGCCCGAUUCAUGGGAACUGGCCUAAAGCUGGCCCUGUACAUACACACCCAUGGAAUGGGAAUGUGUGUGUUACACUCUGAAACCCGGAGACCAGGAGAGGGGAAUCACCCUUAACCAAGGGCAGGUUAGAGGCUAUGACACAGCUGCAGUUUCUUACCCCCACUGUA